AUGUUCGUCGUGAUUGGAAUUUCAGGAAUUCUUAUGAUCGCAAUGAUCCUCGCGUUCCAACAAAAGCCGAACUUCGCUCCUGGAUGGUGUAUUAUCGUCCUUGGUGUCUUGACUGUUGGAGCUUCUGUUUUGGGAUUCGCGGGCUUCCUUAACUCUGGCUGCUUCAUCUGUCACUCAGCGAUUCUAUCUUUGGCAGCAGUCGGCUGUGGUGCAUUCACCCUGGCAUUGUUUGUUUCUAAGCCGGCCAUUGCAAGGACCGUCAACUCACGUCAGUGGAACGACGAAAAGGUUUGGGCUUUCUUAACCAAGAUCCAGUGGGUCUUCUUAUCGGUCUUUAUUUUGGAGGUGUUGGCCCUCGUAGUCUCAGCAGUUACACACGCAUGCAUUCCCGUGGAAAUCUAUGAGAGCCUUGAGGAGCAACAGCGACAACGGGACACAGAAAUGCAUAAGCUGAAGAAGACAGUGGAGCAGCAGAAAACGAGAACGGAGAACACAACGGCGGCAUCGCUUGCAAACAAGAUGCGGUCAAAAUAUGGAAAGUGGACAGAUGAAGACUUUGGUGAAGGCAGGUCGAUCUGGUAG